CCUCGAAUCCAAUCCCACCCAGCGGUUUUGCAUAAAUAAAUAAAUCAUCACCGAGCGAGGGAGAGCCGCGGAGGUUGCUUAGGGGAAGCCGAGCAGCCCGCUCCUCUGAGGCAGAAGGAGAGGCCGCGCGCGUGUGUGUAUGUGUGUGUGUGUGGUGUGUGACAGAGAAGUCAGGAACAGCUAAAGCACAACUCUUCCAGUCAGUGGCGAAUCCUCCUUCUGUAAUGGGGACCUUCUUGUGCCAUCUUUGGCUUACUUCGCUAAGGAACUGAACCUCUCACCAGCAAAGAAAGAGGGAGGAAAAGCAGCUGCAAACAAAACUGGACAAUUAGAGAGAGAGAGAGAAAUUAAAGAGAUAAUCCUCAUCAGACUGCUUUGCCCAAAAAAAACCUUUCUGAAGUUUGAUUUUUUUCCCUCCCCCCCCCCCCGGCGGGGGGAAGUUCAUUCCUUCCACCACAUUUUGGUUCCAUAUGCAUUUUUGAUCCGCUUGUUUUUGUUACCUGUCCUUCCAGUUUUUUUCAGGGCAUUGGAAUUCCCUUGGACGGCGGUGCUUUUCUAGUGCGUUUUGGAUCGUGCUUCUGGGAGGACGACCAUCGCUUUAUUUAUUCUCUAUUUAUUUAUUUAUUGCCUCUGAGGCUAGGGAAGGAAUGGUGGUGGUGGUGGAGGAGGAGGAGGCGAAAGGCUGGAAAGGGGCUGCUCGUCAUGGUGGUGCCCUGGAGAGUGGCUGCCUCACACAUCCCAGGAGAGCAGACGGGGAAAGAUGCUGUAAAGUCCCUCUUCUGCUGGGCUCUGGGCUGCCCGGAGUGUCUUUACUUUCUUUGGUGCUGAGCCUCUUGCUGUACUUCAGGACAUCGGACCUGCAAUCCAGGGUUUCCCAUUUGGAGGCAGACCGAUCCGCUCCGCUCCCUGCCUGCCUCUCUGCAGACCAAAUGGAGACAGCUAUUUUGGGAAGAGUUGACCAACUGCUCGCUGAGAGGUUACACCUCAACUUGCCAAGACAUCGGGAAUCUAGAGAUAUCCAUCAGCGAUGCAACUGCCCAGCAGGCCCUCCUGGUCCUACAGGAAGACCUGGGCUUCCGGGAGAUAAAGGCGCCAUGGGGAUCCGUGGACUACCGGGACAAAAGGGGAAACCUGGAGAGAAGGGAGUUCCUGGAGAAGCUGGUAUGUCCAUCAUUGGUCCCCGUGGCCCUCCGGGACAGCCUGGAACGAGAGGUUUUCCUGGGUUUCCAGGCCCAAUUGGCUUGGAUGGCAAACCAGGUCAACCAGGACAGAAAGGGGAGAUGGGUCCAGUUGGUCCCAAAGGGCAGGCAGGAUCUCCAGGACAAAAAGGAGAAAAGGGUCAAUGCGGAGAUUAUCCACACAGGGAGUACCUAAGUACCACACUUGCAGCUCUGCGUUCUAAUCAGAUCCUUACACUGAAGGGUGAACAAGGACAGGCAGGAAUCCAAGGGCCUCCAGGGCCACCUGGACCACCGGGCCUCCCAGGGACUCCAGGGCCACUUGGCCCAACUGGACCAGCUGGGAAAGCAGGAGAACCAGGGAAGCCAGGCAAGGAUGGAAAGGGCUUGCCAGGAUCUCCUGGACCCAAGGGAGAGCCUGGAGUUCAAGGAUACCAUGGAAGAAAGGGUGAGGCGGGUGAGGCUGGCUUACCAGGUGCCCCUGGCCUUCCUGGUCCUCCUGGCACAAAGGGUGAGAAAGGAAAACCUGGUGAUCCAGGGUCUCCUGGACCUGUAGGACAAAAGGGAGAAAAGGGAGAUUCUGGCAAUGCUCUUGGAGGAGGCAAAGGAGAACCUGGACCGCCAGGAUUACCUGGGCCCCCAGGACCAAAGGGAGAACCUGGGGAACAGGGACCAUUUGGCCCAAGGGGUCCAAAGGGUGAACCAGGAAAGAAUGAAAUGAUAGAUUACAAUGGCAAUAUCAAUGAAGCUUUGCAGGAAAUACGAACCUUGGCCCUUAUGGGACCUCCCGGACGACCUGGAGUUCCAGGACCACCAGGACAAAAGGGUGAAAUUGGCCUGCCUGGUCCUCCCGGACAUGAUGGAGAAAAGGGGCCACGAGGCAAACCAGGAGAGAUGGGGCCUCCCGGUCCUAAAGGACCUCCUGGAAAUGAUGGACCUCCGGGAAUGAAGGGAGAAAUUGGCUUCAUGGGAACUACAGGAGCAAAAGGAGAAAAGGGGGAGACUGGCUCACCAGGUCUUGAUGGUCUAACUGGAGAAAAAGGUGAUCGAGGGAUGCCAGGACCUCCGGGCCUAACGGGUCCAAUUGGACUUCCAGGUUUUACAGGAGAGAAAGGAGACCAUGGAGAAAAAGGAGAUAUUGGAAACUCUGUCACUGGGCCACCAGGGCCACAAGGCCCAGCAGGAUCACCCGGUCUUCAAGGCCUUCCAGGACCUAAGGGAGAAGCAGGCAUUGAUGGAAUGAAAGGUGAAAAGGGUGCCAUGGGAGAGAAAGGAGACCGAGGUCCUCUGGGAUUACCCGGUGCUUCAGGUUUAGACGGCAGGCCUGGCCCACCGGGUACACCAGGACCAAUUGGAGUUCCAGGACCAGCAGGACCAAAAGGAGAAAGGGGCAAUAAAGGAGACCCUGGAACUGCAGGACCAAUUGGGCCAGCAGGACUUCCUGGUUUACAAGGUUCACCAGGUGAAAAAGGAAACCGGGGGGAAAGGGGCAAGAAAGGCUCUAGAGGGCCUAAAGGGGAUAAGGGAGACCAAGGAGCACCUGGAUUAGAUGCACCCUGUCCAUUGGGGGAAGAUGGCUUGCCAAUUCAAGGAUGUUGGAAUAAGUGAUGAUUCUAACCAUGGACUGGCCUGUGUGUGUGUGUAUGUGUGUUUGUGCAUAGAAUAUUUAUUUUUAUACAAUGUUACUUUUUGAAAAUGUCAAAAGAUACAUGUCUAGCAAAUUAUAAAAAGCUGCAUAUUUUUGUACAGAAAAUGCUAGAUUUCUCCCUUUUUUAUCUGAUUGCCAAUCAUUUGUGUAAUUAUAUGCAUUGAUACUAUGCUUCUUGCAUUGUGGAAUACAGCUGCAAUAUUUGCAUGAUAUUUGUGCUCCCAUAUUAAGUCUUACAGCUUAGUUAAAUUAUUGCAUUCAGGCACCAGGGGAAAAAAACGACUCGUAUGUACAUACAAAAAUCAGAUCCGUUUAACAGUGAAUGCAGAAACAAUUUAAAAUA